AUGCCUCCAAGACUAAGAGGACGUGGCAAGGGUCCCAUGCGUGGAGGACCGUCAUCUGCUGGGCCAUUACACAGACGCACUCCAUCGGUGUCUUUUUCCACCUCCGACUCCCGCGAUAUGUGGGGUCAACCUUUCGAGCCGGCAAGACACUCAGUCUCGCUUAGCUCUUCGCCAUCUUUUCAUCCGUCUUUCGGACCAUUUGCUCCAAAUGAGCCCGAACACUCUCACCAUUCGGACCAAUCUCACCAUUCGCAUGAAUCAUACCCACCGCAUAACUCUUUGCAAUCUCAUUCAUUUCAUCAUUCUGAAUCCCCCUACUCUCCAAGACAAUUCAACCCAGUUGACUACGUUAACGACUUCCUCGGCUACAAUCCGUUGGGCCCUGAGGACCAUUUCUCUCAAGAAAUGGAGAUGGAUGACGACCCCGACCUGGAGAUGCAAACAGGAACCCCGGGCCACCCUAUCAGCAUAUCUAGUGGGUCUCCGUUUCAGGGAUCUCCUUAUCGUGGACCUGACUCCUUCCAAGAGAGGAUGGCUACCUAUGACUGGUUCUUUACUCCAUCUUAUCAUAGCUCUCCGGCUCAACCACCUUUAGAUGAUCCUCAACUUCAAGCUGUCUCACCACCACCACUCCCGGCAGAGGAGCCACCGCAACAGCCACCACAACCACCUCCCGAACCUCCAAGGCGAAGGAGGAACGCUCGCAUGUCCGUUAGAGGAGGACCCCGUUUUAGUUCUCCUCGAGGGUCGAGUUCUUAUCCCCCUAUUCCAGAGGACCCUCAUAUGGGUGGGCCCUCAAACGCGGCACCGGAGGAUAACCCUCCGCAAGCUUCUUAUGCACCACCUAUGCGGCCUGUGGGAUUUGAUAACCCAAUUCCGACGUACCCAGGUUCUUCUGGGUAUAAUCCUUAUGGAGACCCGUCGGGAUAUCCAUUGGGCUACGGAACUCAUGACCCAUAUCUUACGGCUGCUCAGUAUCACCACCUUUAUCCUUCUACUUACCCUCCUAUGCCUCCAACUGACUACCCAAUUCAGGGUUAUCAGUAUCCUCCAUAUCAACCACCUCCAUCCCAGCAACUACAACAGCAGCAACAAACUCAGGAAAUCUUAGAGAGGUUGGAUAAGGUUGAGCAUAAAACAAAGAAGAACAAGGAGAGGCAUACUAGCUUCAUGAAAGGCCUCGCCAACCUUAUCAAGGGGAAGAAGAAAUAG